GGCGCGGGGGGGCACCGGUUCCUGGUGUCCGGUCCCCCCCUCCCCUCCCCUCCCCUCCCCCGCUUCUAACCCCCGUCCGGCUGCAGGGGGGGCACCGGGCGAACGCGGCUUCGACGAGGACGACUCGUUCGACAGCGACAGCACUGCAGCACUGCUGGGCGCCCGGCCCCUUCAGGACGCAUCCCCACCCGGCUCGGCCACCGGCCUGGAAGAGCUGUUCCCCCGCUACAGCAGCCUGCGCCUUGGCUCCCCAUGCACCCUGGCACAGCCGGAGCCCCCCCGCCAGGUCCUCGAGCAGGAGCGUGCCCGCCGCAGGCACUGCGAGCGCCAGAUCCAGGACCUGCAGGCCCAGAUAUUGGCGCUGCAGCAGCAGCUGGCCGUGGCCGUGGCCGCUGACCAAAGGAAGGACUCGAUGAUCGAACAGCUGGACAAGACGCUGGCGCAGGUGGCGGAGGGCUGGCGGCGCCAGGAUGUGGAGCGCAGCGCGGGGCUGCGACGCCUGCAGGCCACAGCUGAGGCCAGCGCCCUGGCCCUGGAUGCAGAGACUCAGCGAGCAUCGGAGCUGGCUGGGCAGCUGGAGCGGGUGCAGGCAGUGCUGGAGCGGGCACGGGAUGAGGCCACACGGCUGCGCCAGGAGAAGGCUACCUUGGAGGAGGAGGCAGCAGCACAGGGGCGGAGCCUGGAGGCAGAGCGGGAGCGGCGGCGGGGCCUAGAGGCAGAGCUGGAGCAGGGGCGGGGCCAGCUGGCUGGGCUGGAGGAGCAGCGGAGUCGCGGGGAGGAACGCGAGCGGUGGCUGGACCAGCGGUGCAGCAGCCUGGAGCAGGAGGGCGCCGCCCAGCGCCAGCGCCUGGAGGCAGCAGAGCAGCAGGCAGCCCAGGCCCAGGCAGAGUUGGCGGAGGCCCAGGCCGAAGCCCAGCGCCUGGGCACUGAGCUGGAUGCGGCCCGGGCUGAGCGUGACACGGCACAGCUGGAGAUGAGCCUGCUGCAGGCGCGGGGGGCGGCACAGAGGGCACAGCGUGAGGCCGAGCUCCGGGCAGUGUUAGAGCAGGAGGUGACAGAGCGCCUGGGUCGGGCCCACGAGGAUGCCCUCCGCCAGCUGGGGGCUGCCCGUGAGGCCCAUCGAAAGCAGCUGCUGGAGCUGAGCGCGCAGCAUGAGCGGGAGCUGGCUGCGCAGCUGGCCCAGAGCCGGGCCGAGCUGGCUGAGCGCGAGGAGCGGGCCCGGCGCCAGGCCCAGGACUACGAAGACAGGCUGGCGCAACAGGAGGCGCUGACACGGGAGUUGCGGGCCGGGCACUGGCGGCUGGAAGCCCAGCGGGCCGACACAGUGACACGCCUGCGGGCGCUCAUGGAGGCACAUUGGCACGAGGCCCUGCAGCUCCUGUUGGGCUCCAGCAACAUCUCUGCCAGCUCCGGAGAAGACACGGGGGCCCGGGUGGCCUCCCCCAGCCUCCUUUCCGCUCCACGGCCCUCCGCCCCCCACCCCUCAGAGCCUGAGUGUCCCCCAGCUGAGGGCCUCUUGGACCGGCUGCCCCAGCCUGGGCCCCCCAGCCCCCGUGCCAGCCCAGGCCUGAUGGAGCAGCUGUUCCCCGAGGACAAGGGGAGGGGCAGCAGGGGCGACUCCCCCAUCCCAAGCAGCCCAGAGAGGGGGCGGGACCCCGAUCUGCAGCGCUGCCUGGCCCUGCUGCUGGGCUGGUCCCCGGGGGCUCCCCUCACUGGGGGGCCCGAGGGUGGCCUCCAGCCUUCCGCUCCCGCCUGGCCUGGUAAGAGGACGCCCAUGGGGGGGCGCUGCAGUGCCCUAGGGGUCUUGGUGCCCCCUCCGCUCACCAUGUGCCCCCCAGGUCCUUUUGAGGGUCACCCGAGGGCCCCCCUGGGACCCCCCCCCGCAGUCCGCAAGACCAAGGUGCCUGUCCUUCAGGCUGACCCCGGGCCACGGGGUCCUGGUGAGUUGCCCCAUGCCCCCUGCCCCAAUGCCAGCAGGGCAUGCCAUGGCCCGCCCCUCCAGCUUACCCGUUCCCCCCCCCCGGCGCUGUACGUCUCCCCGGACCCUGCCCGCCCGCCCCGGCUGGAGGUGAAGGCAGAGGGGAACCAGGCCCACCUGGGCUCCUGCAGGGCCGUAGACCCCCGGCUGGCAGAGCCCCCGCGGAAGGAGGUGGCUCCAGCCCGUCGUCUCGAGCGAACCCAGGCAUUUGGGAAGGCGGGCAGAAAGCCGGCCCCACACGCCCCACCAGGUGCCCGCAGCACCAAGGCAGGGGGUGGCGCCUGGCGAUGAGCUGAUUGAACUGUGUGAUUGAACUCCCGGUGUGACCAGAGCAAGAUGUCCGCCUCGUGGGGGUGGGGCCGGGUGGGUUGGCCCGCCCCCUUGUUGCAGGAGCAGCACCCCAUGGUGACCCCGCCAGUGCCUUCCUGCCAUGCUGGUGGCACUGCUCAGACCUGAGUCGCCUGCCACCUCCUGAGGAAGUACAUAGCGCCCCGGCUGUCUGCUCCCAGCUGCAAGAUGGCUGC